GACAUGCAGCAGUUGUCAAUUAUUUGAAUUUUUAUGUUUCAAUUCUCAAGUAUGAUAAGAUCAAGCCGAGCCAACCCUAGCCGAGCCGUUCCCUCACCGUCAACUUCAACCGUCAUGCAACCCAAAGCCAUUGCCAUUGAUGCUAAACGGCUCCCCCCCUCUCCCGGCCCGGUGACUUCAACGGCUCGACCGUACCGUAUUACUCACUCUCCCCCCGACACAUUCGGCUCACGCGUCCGGCACUUCGUCGCCGACGCAACCUCUUUAACCUCUAACCCUUAACCCUUUACCCCUUAACCCUACCAACUCCCUUCUCUCUUCCACCCCCGAUCCCGUUCCCGAUCCCGAUCCCGACUACCCAAAUCUCAAAUCACCGAUCACGUGCCGUAUUAUUAUUUCCGUCGCCUCCGCCGCCGCCGCUCCCUAUGGGCGACUUGAACGAUUCCUUGACACCGUCGUCGGGCCACUCCCGGCCCAUGCCCGUUCGUGAAGACUGCUGGAGCGAGGAGGCCACCUCCACUCUCGUCGACGUUUGGGGCCGCCGUUUUGUCGAGCUCAACCGGGGGAAUCUUCGCCAGAAAGAUUGGCAAGAUGUGGCUGAAGCCGUCAAUGCCCUCCAUGGCCACUCCAAGAAGACUCACCGUACUGACGUCCAGUGCAAAAACCGAAUCGAUACCAUUAAGAAGAAGUACAAGAUCGAGAAGGCUAGAGUAUCCGCUUCCAACGGAUCUGUAACCUCGUCUUGGCCCUUCUACGAUCGCCUCGAUGGUCUGAUUGGAUCCAAUUUUUCUCAGAAGAAGCCAUCCACCUCGAUGUCUCAAUCUCCGCCGAUGGCUCGUCCUCUCUCCUACCGGAAAGCGCCGUCUUCGGGGACUGCAAAUGCGGUUUCUGUGGCCAUUCCGCAGAAGCGCCCAUUGGCGGCAGUGGAUGAUGGGUUUUUUCGCAGGAAUUAUUCGGCCAUGGCUGCCGCGGCUGCUGCUACAGAAGCAGCGGAGGACGAGGAAGAGGAGGAGGCGGAAGCAGAGGCGGAGGAGAGGGGAAGUGAGGAUGAGGAGGGAGAAGGAGAGGGCAUGAGAAGGUUGGCCAAAGCAAUAGGGAGGUUUGGGAAGAUGUAUGAAAGAGUGGAAGCAGAGAAGUUGAGGCAGAUGGUGGAAUUGGAGAAGCAGAGGAUGCAGUUUGCAAAGGACUUGGAGGUUCAGCGUAUGCAGAUGUUUACGGAAACUCAAGUUCAGCUCGAGAGGAUCAAGCGCGGGAAGAAAUCGGGUUCCAAUGUUUGAAGUUCGUUUUGAAGGGAUCUGCUGUUUGAAGCUCUUCUUGUUUCCUACGUCAAGUAUUCGUGAGAAGUAACAGAGUCAACUUCUGGAGUUUUACCAACGUUGUUUCUAAUUGCAUUAGGAUUUAACCCUUUGAAGAUACAUACCCUUUAAUGAUGAUGUCUAAUAGGAAUGGUCUUCUUUGAAGAGGUUAUUCAUUUUUGUUAUUUACUUUUGCUUUUGGUUUCCCCUGAUUCGCUUUGUCAAAUAUGUGCUAUGUGCUAGUGGUGGACUGUUGUUGAUUUGGGAAAUCUAUGAACUCAUGGAGAGUCUAAACUGCUUUUCUCUAUGUGUCAAUUCAUCCCUGAUCCUUCACAGAGCACGCCCCUCUGUUCAUCUCCUUAUUAUUCCAAUUAUAAACAAGUAUUUGAGGAGUUAUUUAGGUAGGUAAGAGGCUAAAUAACCAAUUAUUUUACCCCAAAUGAGAAAUUACUACCAAUUGCUUGUACUAGGAACUAAAAAAUGGAGAUCAUCAAACUGCUGUCUUUCCCGCUUCCAAUUUUCUUCUAUGGUGUUUCUCUACUGAUGAAGAUUGUAGGAAGCAUUUGGUAUCAUAAGUAGCAACUUAUAUGCAUUACCAGUGUGUAUUAUUAACUGAUCAUUCUUAUUUUGCUUCAUUUGUUAGAUCAUGUUUAGAGAUGAAGGAAAACAUUCUUUGUUAUACAAGAGACAAACUGAUUCAGGGAAAGUCUGUAUGCUUAAUUUCGGAUCUUUAUAAAAUCUUGGUUAUGAGAAAUAGGAGAAGCUUAAGGGAUAGAUUCACAUGCAGGGCAGGUAUAUGGGUUUGAUCCCCCACCCAAACCAAAGCCAUUAAUCACCGAGGACUUUCAGUGUUCCAUUAGUCUUGCUUACUGGAAGCCUUUUAGGUUAUGAUGCCCCCUCUCCCUUUUGAUGUUGUCUUUGCCUCCUUUUGCUGCUUGCAUAUUGUUCUUUGCUUGAAUAUAGAAUCGGCAUGCUUGAUGAAUAGUUGGCCUUUUUGGAAUGCAUUACUUUUGGAGACUUUUCCUUCCUUUUUUUUCUUUUUUUUUUUCUUUUAGUCAACUUAUGUUUGGUCUAAUAACUAUGAAUACAGCCAAAUAUGCUCCAAGUUAUAUUCCUGUCUAAAGUUGUAAGAUAAAAGGACAUCAAAUUUCUCUCUCUGUGCUGUCUGUUCUGGAAGAAUUUGUAAAACUAUUCUAUCAGAUUGUUUAGAAUAUAAAUCACUCGGGGAUCAACAAUGUAACAGCCAAAGCCCACUGCUAGUCGAUAUUAUUCUUUUUGGGCUUACCCUUUCUAGUUUCUCCUCAAAGUUUUUAAAACGCAUCUGCAAGAGAUAGGUUUACCCAUUCUUGUAAAGUUUAAAGAGGAUAAUAUCUGGUAGCGGUAGGCUUAGGCUGUUACAGACAGACUUGAACAAGUUUUUCAAAACUUGUCCGGUAGGAUGCCUCAAACUCAGCUGUUUGAUAAACUGUAGUAUGCCUCAAACUCAGCUGUUUGAUAAACUGUAGUAGUGCAUUGUAUUGGAAGGUGGUCAUGAGAAGCAGCAAGGUGAAGUAAGAAUGGUUUAAAAUGUCUCAGAUUGCAAGUUCCAUUCUGAUGUUUAUUAUUAACAUUUGUGGUGUGUAUGGAAUUCUUACUUUGGCAUAAGAUGUUAUUUGUUUCUCAUUUGCGUACAUGUUGGUUGCAAUU